CCUUCUUCCCCCCAGCUCAGCUGCAGGACACUCUGGCACGCACUUCGGCACUGCCUGCGCCACAACCUCCACACUCUGCGUCUCCGUGGCACUCUGCGUACCGCCAGCAGACACCGCCUGCUGUCCCCAGCUCUGCUCUCCGCCCUGACCACGCGCUGUCCUCACCUCCAACACCUCUCCCUGACCGAAGCCGACCUCCAUACGCUGCCUUACGACAGCCUCCCCCCAUCCCUCAUCGUUCUGGAGCUGCGUUGCUGUGAAAUCCCCUCGCUGUGGUUCUCCGGAUCCGCCGCCCCGCGCCUGCAGCGCCUCGAGCUCCACAACGUCCCCGCUUUCUCCGACCGCCACCUCCUGAACGUCUCCUCCCAUGGCCACCUGAGGAUGCUGAGCCUUUCGGGGACGUACCGCGUGACGGAUACGGGGAUGGAGAGGGCAGCUCCACACCUGGAGGAGUUAGAACGCCUGGAGCUGCGGCACUGCGUCCUGACGGACUCAGCCCUUCACUUCAUCGCCCGCCACAUGAAACUCCGUGUCCUGGAGAUCACCUCCGUUCCCCACCUGACAGAUUUGGGGUUGGCUUCCUUAGCGACCUUGGAGCGCCUGGAGACGCUGCACCUCGAUCUGUACAACAAAUUCUCCCUCCGUGCUGUCGCCGCGUUGUGCCGAGCUCUGCCCCGGCUGCGGAGCCUCACGUUGGAUGGGGUUCACUCUGAGGAUGAAACCGUGGGUGAAAUUCGGGCGGGUGUGCCGUGCUGCAGCUUCACACCUCCUCCCUGACCCCCAGACUUAAAUCCAGGCGAGAGCUGCAGUUUGAGGGCUUCACUUCAUCCCUUCCCAAGUGCUACUGUAUGGGGGAAGGCUUUUUCCACUUCUUUUUGGAGGAGAUUUGGAGGAGGACUGCAGCAGUCAUGAGCUGCACCAUGGGGUUGGUUGCAAACUGGGCUUUCUCUUCUACCACGAAUCAGGAAAGAUGCUGAGCUCCAGAGCUCCAGUUAAUGCCUGACUGGGAUUGCAUCACUGAACAACCGCCGCAGCGCUGCCUGGAAGAGUUGGGGCGAUCUGCCCUGCGUGUUGUUGUUGUCACAGUCCAGCUGUUGCAUCACCUUUUCCUUUCCUUCACCUUUUGGUGUCAGUAGGGACUUUUCUUGGUCCGAAUCAUUCAGGCCCAAUGCAGGUGUUGCUCCUCAGAGCAGCUGCGUUGCGUUGUCGCAGUGUUGUUAUCGCAGCUGUAGCGUUGUGAUGUCUUCUGGAGGACCCAAACAUAUUUGAUAUUGUAUGCAUUCAAUAAAAAAUAGCUCUAUUUAACACCUGCAGAGCUUUAAUUGAACUGAGCCAAACGAAGUCCGGCGUGCUUGGAUAUGAACACCACCACCAGGAGCCAGAAAACCCCACAGGGAAACCCAUGGAUUUGUGUUUUCCCCCCUCUGCCCCACAUAUAGCUGUGGGUUGUGCAACGAGACACAAAAAUUCAGACAGACCUGGAGGGCAGCGACCCCUGUGAUGAAAUCCCAUCGCCCCACAGCACCUCGGCCUCGUUCUGCUCCUCUGUUCUUAUGCACAAACAGUCUGAGCGUGGCUCUGGGGCAAAUAAACAGUGGGAAAUGCCCCAGUUCUGCUUGGAAAGGUUCCCAAGGCUGCCAGCUUCAUAACUGCUCUGUGCUUACACACAGAAAUUGAAGAUGGAGUAAUUAAGUGUAAUUAAGCUCGGUCCCGGUACUCUCUGGGCUCGGAGGAUGGAGGUAAAGCGACGAAAGGGAAAAUUAAAUGAGCCCAAAUUGGGCUUCCAGCCUCGAGUGGGGAAUGGAGAUACGGGGUGAAACUGGGAAUAAUGAAGCAGAGGAGUCGUCUGAAGUCAUUCAUGGAAUUGAGUGAUGCAUUUCUAUUCAUCCAUUGAUUUUGUGAUCAUUUUGUUCCCUUGAUGCCAAAUCUGCCCCAUUUUUCGAUGCAGAAUUCCUAAAUGUAGAGCAGCAAAAUGCAGUAGAUUGCAAAAUGGGCUUCCAAUCUCAAGUGGGGAAUGGAGAUAGGAGGUGACUGUAGGAAGAAUGGAAGGGAGAGGUCCUCCAAAGUCACCCGUGGAUUCGUGUGAUUUGUUUGUAUUCAUUCCUCCAUCGAUUCUAUGAUCAUUUUGUUCCCUUGAUGCCAAUCUGCCCCCCAUUUUCUGAUGCAGAAUUAAGUAUGGAACGACACGACACAGCAGAUUGCAGAAUGGGCUUCAACCUCGAGUGGGGUGAAUGUGGGGACAACGGAGUGGAAGGGUCCUACAAAGUCAUCCGUGGAUUCGUUUGUGCUCACUCAUUCAUCGAUCCAUCCAUCCCAUCAACACCCAGGUAUCGCCCCACCUCAUCCUCACGUAUCCAGUGAAGCAUCUGAGCUGAUUCUGGGGAGGUUCUUCUGCACCUCAGUAGCUUUUAGGGGGCAGUUUUGGGGACUUCUUCUCAUUUCCAGUCCCCAUUUACUCCAACGUGUAACAGCUUUGAUUUAUUCCUUCCCCCUCCCAACCCAACCUGGAGUUGUGCUCAUAUCGUGAAAUCAAAGCCCGACAACAGCCUGAAAAUCACACAGAAAAAAAACACCUGAAACCUAAAAACAGAGAAAACGGUCCCAAGAAGGGACCUGGAGAAUCCUAAAGUCAUUGGUGGAUGCUUUGUUAUCAGACAACUCCUCCUAUCCCCCAAAACCAGCCCCCAUUUCCCAGAGCGGUGCCUCCAUCCCCUUCUUUUGCAGAGAAGAGCGUUGGAAAUUCAGCCAUUAGUCCAUGAAAAUAAAAGAAGAAAAUGAAGAAAAAGAAGAGGAAGGCAUUGGACUGAAAAUGGGAAUCCACAAAACUCCACCCCCCACCUCCCAGAGGAACAGAAACGACUGGCGAUUCAAAGUGCUCUUUUUAGGACUGGGAGCCAAAAGGGGACGGCCCCAAAAAUCCGCAUCGCGGUGACCUUCGGACUCAGCCCUGGUUGUUGUGUCGUGUUGAGGUUCUGAUCUCUGAAGUUCUGCUCCCUGUGCUCCCAAAGCCACCCCAACUCCGCUGCGAUGGAUGAGGAGCAGCUCAGCGACAACGUGCGGCUCUAUAAAGGUACGCGGAGCGCCGCCGGGGGACGCAGCACGAAGGAGAGAGGCAGGAAAGCUUGGAAGUCUCAUCCUGACCCUAAAACCUUCAUCCUGGCCCUAAAACCCUCAUCCUGACCCUUAAAAGUCUCAUUCGGACCCGAAAAUUCACAUCCUGGCCCCAAAAUUUUCAUCCUAACCCUGAAAGUCUCGUCCUGACCCCAUAAUUCUCGUCCUGGCCCCAAAAGUCUCAUUCUGACCCUAAAAUCUUCAUCCCGGCCAUAAAAUUCUCAUCCUGGCCCCAAAAUUCUCAUCCUGGCCCCAACAGUUUCAUUCUAACCCUGAAAGUCUCAUCCUGAUCCUAAAAUCCUCAUCCUGACCCUAAAAUCCUCAUCUUUACCUAAAAUUCUCAUCUUAACCCUGGAAGUCUAAUUCUGACCCCAUAAUUCUCAUCCUGGCCCCAAAAUUCUCUUUCUAGCCCUGAAAGUCUCAUCCUGGCCCCACAAGUCUCAUUCUGAGCCUAAAAUCCUCAUCCUGGCCAUAAAAUUCUCAUCCUGGCCCCAACAGUCUCAUUCUAACCCUGAAAGUCUCAUUCUAACCCUAAAAUUCUCAUCUUGACCCUGAAAGUCUCAUCCUGACCCCAUAAGUCUCACUCUAUCCCUGAAAUUAUCAUACUGGCCCAAAAUUCUCAUUCUGACCCCAUAAGUCUCAUCCUGGUCCUAAAAUUCUCUUUCUAAUCCUGAAAUUCUCAUCCUGGCCCUAAAAUUUUAUUCUGACCCCAAAAUUCUCAUUCUAACCCUGAAAUUCUCAUCUUGACCUAAAAUUCUCAUCCUGACUCCGAAAGUCACAUCCUGAGCCCCUAAUUCUCAUCAUGAUCCUAAAAUUCACAUUCUGACCCUACAGUUCUCAUCCUGACCCUAAAAUCCUCAUUUUUACCUAAAAUUCUCAUCCUAACCCCGAAAGUCUCAUCCUGGCCCUAAAAUUCUCAUCCUAACCCUAAAACCCUGAAAAAACCCCAAACCCCCUAAAAAUGCUAAUUCUGACCCUAAAAUAUUAAUCCUAGCCUCAAUAUGCUCAUCCUGACCCUAAAAUGUGAACCCUGACCCAAAAAUGCCUAUCCUGACCCCAGAAUUCAGACCCCAAAAUGCUCAUCCUGACCCUAAAAUGUGAACCCUGACCCCAAAAACUCUCAUCCUGACCCCCAAAUUAAACCCAAAAACGCUCACCCGGACCCCAAAAUUCAGACCCCAAAAUGCUCAUCUAGACCCAAAAAUGCUCAUCCUGACCCAACAACGUGAACCCUGACCCCAAAACCUCUCAUCCUGACCCCAAAAUUACACCUAAAAAU